AUGAAAUGGACAAAAACGAAUCCAGAAUUGCCCAACCUUGAGCGAGGUUUGUCUGUAAUUAUAUUCUUUUCAAAAAUAAUAAUUUUUCAGAUAUUCAGCGAAUUUUGGAGUUGAUGGAGCACGUGCAGAAGACGGGCGAGAUCACAUCCCCAAAGUUGGCAACUCUCCAGCAAAUCCUCCAGUCCGACUUUUUCAACGCCGUCAGGGAGGUCUACGAGAGCGUCUACGAGACUGUCGAUCUUGAAGGACCAGCCGAGGUUUGUUUUUUUCUUUCUCUUUCAUUUGAUUUCAUCAUUUAUUCCAUUCUGUGACAAAACUUCAAGACAAAUAAAAAAACACUAUUAUUAUUUUUUUAUCAGGCUCGAGCUGCUGCCACGGCAAAAGCGACAGUGGCAGCUUUCGCCGCAGCCGAAGGCCACGCCCACCCUCGUAUCGUCGAACUUCCGAAAACGGACCAGGGCCUCGGUUUCAAUGUAAUGGGAGGCAAGGAACAGAACUCGCCAAUCUACAUUUCUAGGUAAUCCUGUUAUUCCUUGUAUCAAAAAACAAUCGCAUCAUUUUAGAAUAAUUCCUGGCGGGGUUGCGGACAGACAAGGCGGCUUGAAACGCGGCGAUCAGCUCGUGGCUGUUAAUGGAGUAGUGAGUUUAUCGAUGAUUCAAAUUUUUCGUGAUAAAGUCUACAUAAAAAAUCAGAGAAAAAAACGGUCUCUCUAAGUUAAGUGUGUUCCAUACGCUAGCCUGCCGUUAGCUUCUGGUAAUUGUACUGCUUGUCUCACGUAAACUGACAAGAGAUUUAUCGUUGGGGCGCGCUUUCCACACCCCUUAAAUUCAUUUUUUUUUCCUUCUAUCUUCUCGCACAUUGGUAACGCCAAAAGGACGUGCUCUUGACGUUUCAGAACAUUUCUAAGAAUCACCUAAGAAUGCUGACGCUACUAAAGUGGUCACUAGAAAUGCCCGUACACGUCCGUUUUCCGUUACCAAUGGCCGAGUUUUUUCUUCUCUUUAUAAGUUUUUUCAUGCCCAUUCCGAAGGGAUUCCGCAAAAUUUAAAAAAGUGGUCAGACAGUGAGGAGCGAUUUCAGCCAUUGUAAAUUUACUGUCAUUUCAUUCCUCCUUUGCAAUUCACACACAAAAAAAAAGCCCUCAGCUGCUUUUAAGAGCAUUGGGCUGGUACCUGGUAUUUUCUAGCCGGCCUCGAAGUUGGUCAAGCUCUGUGUGCUUUGAAUUUAGUUCGAAAAUGUCGCCGCGAAUUAUAUCACGGUCUUCUUCUCAUCGCGAUUACCUGAAUUUUCAAAGAUAAAAGACUUUAGAAAGCUGAAAAAGAGGAGAUAAGUGCAAAAUUGGAAUCAAAAAAAGUGUCAGGCGAAGUCGAAAUGGUGUUCAAAGGCCGCUAAAAAGAAGAGGCUCAAAAAACCGCAAAAAGGGAGCAAAAAAGUCCCUUUAUUGAGCUAUCCAUUUUUUCUAGAAUCCUUAAGGCUCAAGAAAUGGUGGAAAAAAAGGGAGAGGCAGCAAAAAUGAUUUAUAAGUACUAAUGAAAUGGCGCAAAAAGUAAGCAAAAAAAAGGAGCCUUUGUCACCCUGAAAGGACAUUUUUAUGGAGCCUUUUUCCACCCUUUCCGACUCUGCCUAUGAUAUCGGAUCAAGGUUUUUCUUAUUUAAUUCAGUUUUAAUAAGGUCAUGCCUUUUUUCUCUCAUUUAAAAUUCUUCGAAACUAAAAAAUUGGAAACCUCACAUCAAUCGUUCCAGUUGUAGUCGAUCGAUAAUUUUUCCGAUACACCUUUUCGUCUCCAUGCUCCAAGCGUUCUUUCUGAAGGAAAACUAAUUUUUAAAAAAUUUUUAGAUAUCAAACUGGUUUACUUGAAAUUGUUGGCGAGAAUCGACUGAUCAGAACAAUUUCGUUGAAAGCUUCCUGCAAUUAUUUGAACAUUGAAAAAAGCUAGUCAAUUUCAUUAUUCGAAUCGCAAUGUUUUGACUGAUUAGCUAAGUUGUAAGUAAGUUAGGAAAGCUUUAUUCAGUGAGAAGAACUAACUAGGCGGUGCGCUAGAGCUCCGCUCGGCCUUGUCAGAACUAAGAUUCCUAGACGCCGAAGGCCGUGACGGCAUUUUCCGCGGGGGUCCCAUCAUCGCUUUGUCAGCAUCGCGCUGCCAACAGUUUGUGCUUCAGCCACAGGAAUGGGCUUCGGCGUGACUUUGCGUAUCCAAUUUGCUAGCAAAGAGGAUCGGCACUCCGGGAGUCCCGCGGGCCUAUUCUACUAGCGCUUACAACUCAGAAACUUAUUUCGGAAGUUAAAAAUUUUAUGAAGGCUCAAAACUCAUCUUUGACGUGGAAGUGCAGAAGCAAAGCGAUUCGUGAAGAAAUGAUAUUUGAAUCCAGGCCAUACAAAAAAAAUGACACGUUAUCACGUUGUUUUUGUACAGUUUUCGUUAAAUCGCAAACCGCUACUCCCUGACGUCAUUUCAUGACACCAUUCGUAACACAAGAAAUAAGCGUAAUCGAAAUAUUUAUUUUAUUCACGUGAACAUGAUUCAGCAGAUUAUUAUUAUCUCAUUUCAUCACGUCGACUGGUCGGUCUCUUUGCCGCUCUCUCAUGGGAUAAUAUUCCGACGCCCGUCAGCCCUGGACAAGCUGGGCGCUGUACUGUUCCAACAUGGUGAAGCAGUUUAUUCGCUGGUACUACCAACGGGCCAACAUUAUUUCCCAACGCUAGCUGUCACUCCGGGACGUAUUGGACAACGAUUGUGGACCGUCACCCGCGCCGACGACUAACUCUCCGAUUAUACCAUGAUUCAGCAGAGAUUUUCUUCAACUUACUCUGAAGACUGAAUAAAUUGAUAUGAAUUGAAAUUGAGAUUGAAAAAAUUAAAAAAUUGAAGAAUGGGAGGAGCCUGAAUUGCGCCUUUGCAUUAAAACUGCGCCUACAGGUUCAUGCAUUACUUAAGAAAAUAGGCUUAGUUUUAAGGCUUCACACGGAGGCGGAGCGCGCAUAGCGCGAAGCCGACUGUGGCUCGCUUCGAAAAAAACUGAGCCACAGUAAAAAAAUUCGUCAAAUAAAUGAAAUACUUGACAUAAAAAGGCUUUUAGUUUCAAAAAAAGUGGACACUAAUAACACUAUCAGGUCGCUCUAAACGAUUUGCAAACUUGAUACGCGUAGCGAAAAAAUCUGCGAAAUGUAUUUCCCCAAAAAAAAAAGAAAAAAAAAUUAAAGGAGCACACUGCGUAGGCGUGGGCCUCGACGCUUCGGAUUAUUCCAAACUUUUAAAAGGUUUCUAAAAAAAAGUAAGAAAAUAGAAGAAUAAAAAAAAGUUUCCAAUCAAAAGGGGAUUUUCAAAUGUGUUAUCUUUCUGUUUCUCAUGUGACCGGAAAAGUUUUCACGUCGAAUCUAAUUUUAUAAAUUGGAACGUAAAAAAUGAAUAAAAUGAUAUGGCUGCGUGCGCAAGUUUUGCAAAUGAAGAUGAUGUCAUAGGGAUGACGUCAGGGAGUAGCGGUUUGCGAUUUAACGGGAAGUUUUUUGUACGUGGUAUUUUUUUCGAUAUCAAGAAAAUGACCUUGCCACGGGGUCCACGUUUUUUUUUUUUUGCAGAGAAUGAAAUUUUUAUUCUGAAUAAAAUUCUGGGUCAUAUGACGUGAAAGGUAGAGCUACCGGAGACACUGAAAAAGUUUUCAAUGAUCAAAGUUUUUGAAUUUUUGGCUCUUGAAAAAACUUCACACAGCAUUGUCUGAUUCAAUUUGGCUCUAAUUACGCGAAUUAUGCUCCUACAAGAGGGCAAAACUGAUAGAAAAACCGCGGGUAAAAAAACUAGAGCGCCCAAAAAAAUUAAAAAAACUUUGACACGUUUUUUUCUGUUUUUUUUUAUCUAAUUCCACAGGCUUUAAUCAAAUUUUUUUAUUGGAGAGGUGCAGGUGAAAAAAAUAAAUUGUAUCAUCGGUUUUUUUAAAAAAUUAUUUUCUAAAAAAAUGUGUUUUUUUCUGCAGGAUUGUUGCAAUUCUACAAUAAGUAGAUUGAUUUUUUUCCUGUCGUCGGUUAUAUUUUUUUAUAAAUUUUUUUCAGUUAGUUCUGGGUGUAAUUUUUUUACUUUUUCAAAUAAAAAAAUUUCAAAAAUGAAUCCGUUCAUAUUUCAGAACGUGGAGAGUGAAUGUCAUGAAAAAGGCUGUAGACUUGCUCAAAUCUGCUCAGGGAACUGUGAAAUUGGUAGUUCGGUACACGCCACGGCUCCUUGACGAGAUGGAAAGGUUCGAUUUUUUUGUAUUUAUUAUUUUGUGGUUUUGCAAUUUCUUUGAAAUUAUUAUACCUUUUUUUGGUUGCCAUUUCUCAAUAAUGGUUUCUUCAACUAAUCAAAUUUGCUUUUUUUUUUUGAGAACUGUAACUUAUUAGAAAGCGUUCGAUAAAGUUCGAAAAUUAAUAAAUUCAAAACAAAGUUGUUCAAAUAAUCCAGAAGCUUUCGAAAAUCAUAAACAGAGUCCUAGGCCUUCAAAACAUCAAAAGUCCAUUUUUAGAAGCUUUUUAUGCAUUUUUUUUUAGUAUCAAUAGUCAAUUCUGCUGCUGAUGAAAACCCUCUUUGCAGAAGAUUCGAGCGACAACGAGUUCGAUCCAAUCAACAGAGCCCAACUGCCCUUCCUGGCUCUUCCAGACGAUAA